CAAACUCCAUUCAUAUCGGCUCUCACCACAACGUAGUUACUUAUCGUGAGUUUCCCACGCAUUUAUAAAACUCGCGUACAUUUUCUCGAUCUAUAAUGUCUGGGCGCCGUCGUCUGGCGACGCGUCAGACUGAGGCCGCUGAGCUAGCGGAGCCGGUCGCGAGACAAACCCGACGAAGCGCUAGACUUACCGAAGCAUCUGUGGAGCCUGAAUCUCGAUCGCAGGUUGAAAUCUCACGACGCGGUACCGGGCGUCGUCGUCGCGGGAGCCUUGGGAGCGGCGCGACAAACGGGGCCCCGAAAGGCUCUACAGAUCACGUGAAUCCCGAGCCAGAAAAUGAGCCAGAAAAUGAGCCAGAAAAUGAGUCAGAAGAUGAAUCAGAAGAUGAACCAGAAGAUCUUGACUUGGCCUCGACAUAUGAGCCCGUCGUUUCCCAGGAUGACGCAGGAUCUGAAACAGACGAUGUUCACGACUCAUUGGAGGUGGACGCGUCUAGAAUUCAAGAUAUGCUCGACUUUGAUAUACCCAAGUUAACACGCUGGUCCGGCAACAUGCACGACGUCCUAUCGUCUAUAGACAACACGCAGCCAAGCGUGGAAGAUCGCUCAAGGUUAAGGAACACCAGAAAAGCAUACAAUCACGCUCGCCUUCCUUUUGCCGAUACCAGCGCCUUUCUCAUAAAGCCCAUCAACUUCUCCGGUGACCAUGGCCCAGAAGUUCGAACCAAGAUACAAGUAGCAAUCUGCUUGGGAAACAUUAUAUCACUUCUUGCCUCCAUUGUAGAUGUCACAAUUGGCAGAAAGGGAUCGCUCCCGAUUCUUGAACAGCUGGAUGACUCUUUCCCAGCCUCGUUCAAUCCAUAUUCUCCGGAGAAUGACGACAUAGAGCGACUUCUAGACCUAGCAUUCCGUAUUCGAUGUCGUCACGUACUUGAACUACUAACUGCUAAUUCUUCUGUUGACCCGUACGAAUUGGCUAUCAGUAUGUUCUUUAGCCAGUCCUCACAUGCUCCUGACGGCUCCCAGGUGGUUACCAGCCAAGACCAAUACAAACCAUUAGCUGGGAUGAAUAUUAACGAAAACUCCCACCUCUAUGAAAGCUAUCAAACCCGCAUCCAGGAGAUCAUCUCUAUUCUCUCUUCCGACGACAGAUCCGAAGUAGCAUUGCGUCUGGAUCAAGAUUGCCCCAAGGAAAAGCUCUUCGAUGACCUCAGAUCAUGGGGCCUAGAUAUGUAUAAACAACUUAAUAAUAUGUCGACAGGUCAAGGAAACGUGGAAGCUGCCAAACCAACAGGGGGGGAAGAUGUGCAUGGAUUAGGAAGACGUGGAGAAUCAGAGUCUCUUUUCGUCGACGACAAUGAAGAGACUAGAGGGGACUCUGACUCUGACUCUGACUCUGAACCAGACACAGACGUUGCAGGAUAUGAUAAAUUGCCAACCGAGGAAUCCAAUCAGAAUUUCAUCAAUAGUUCCGCCAUCCUGGCCGCUGUGAGGCGGAGCGAGAAUCAGCAUGUAGCAAGUUCUAUAUCGGUACCGCCUUCCAACCAACAAGCUAUAGGAGAUAACGGGCAGAUAUCAAAUAUUAGAGACGCAAUCCGUGGAUUAAGUCCUAGCCAGGUAAUUGGUCGUACGAGGAAACGCCCGGCUCAUAGUGAAGAUGAUGCUAGCGGAGGCGAUGAUGACUUUGAAGUAAAUACGCAACUUUAUAACGAACCCAGGCGGUCUCGUAACGAAGAUGCAAUUGUUCAAAGACCACCUUCUAAACGCCCGCGAAUCCUGGAACAACCUCAGAUUGUGCGCCGCCAGCAAGUUACUAAGGAACGGCCCCGGUCGCGGAGCGACAUAUAUGAAGACCUUGAUUUACAGGAACGAGAUAUUGUCAGGUUAACUCAGGAGGCCCGAGAUGCUCGACGUGCGACCUAUAUGCGUAGGGCCAAGCCCCGGCAAGCUCGCGUACCGUGGUCCUCCUCUGACACCUCCAAACUCUUGGGCUUAAUCGCCAACCAAUCCAUAAAUUGUUCAUGGAGUACCAUUGCGAGAGUUGGCGAUUUCGAAACCCCACGAAACCAGCAACAAGUACGUGAUAAGGCUCGUGGUCUAAAAGUUUUGUACUUGGAAAGUGACCGGGUUCUGCCACUAGGUUUCGAUCAAGUUCUUCUAGGCCAGAAAGAAAAGGCUGCAGUCAUCAAGUGUGGCAAGAACCCUGAUCGACAAGAAGACGACCUAGAUGAAGAUGGCGAAAUUACCAAUAAUAUAUGGACUGGUUGAGACGCUACAUUUUAUUUUUAUCUUAUUUUUAGAGGUGUGUCGAGUAUAUUCGGUCUGUGUUAGAGGUUAGAGAGUGUGAGGGUUAUUAAUUGUUUUCUUCGUUAUUCUAUGCGUUGCAGUCAUCAAAAUGGCGUUUCAGCAGAUAGAUACCCUGUUAGACUUAGAUCUGGCCUGUAAUAAGGAAUGAACCUUUUAAUGCUUCUUGAUAACCAUACCCCUAGUCGCUUGUUAGUCGUGCUUCACCGUCCGUCUCAUGCUGUCAUGGAUAGUGACGAUCCAAGGAGGAUUCAUAGGCUUGGGAAUAUAGUAUUUUCCAAACUUGGCAAUGUUGCUACUGCAAUUCGGUCGCGUUAUUCAUAAACA